AUCUGACAGCUGUGUGUAAUUACUCCCACAAUAAUUAAUUAUUUAUCUCAAGGAUGUGAAGUUAUGGUAACAGUUGGGAAAGCCACAAAGUAACCGCAGUCUACUGAAGAUGUAUGAGAUAAUAAUCGGAUAACAAGUAACAUUAAACUAGAUGGCCCAUAUGCAAUGGCGUCGACGUGCCUUUGAGCGCUUCACCGCAGCCCACUGCUCCUUAUAACUGAAGGUGGGUCAAAUGCAGAGAAGAAUUUCCCAACUGGUAGAUAAAGAAAGCAUACAUUAUUAUUAUGGUAAAAAUAAUGCAAGUUAGGCUAAGCAAUUAUAUUGUCUAGCUCACUUCUCCAGAGCCUAUUCAGUCUAACUAAUGAUAUGAUGUAGUCUGGCUGAUUUCGACUUCAAACUAUAUAUAAUAUCCCUCAAUACUUGUGUUUAGCAACUGAGUUUAGUGGAGUGUUUACUGGGCUCCACACUUUAGUGGUGUACUCAUUGUGGUCAACAGGUGGCACUUGUUACUGUUCCUACUAUACUGAGUUUGAGAGGGGCCUCGGGAUGAACACAUCGGUGUCCCAUGUAGUGAGAAAUAUACCAGGCCAAAAGUCACUUGCAUGAAUAGUAGGCUAUUAUCCCCAUAACGUGUUACCUUCAGCCUCUGACGCAGCAAGCAACAGACUGCAUUCAAACAGUAAAAUAAAUUGCUGCAAUGUUUUGAUCAAUUCUAGGUUGGCAGGCACGAGGCUGCUGAGAAAUGCUGAUGCUGCUACUGCGGAACAUGUGGGAACACGACUGUAGUACUAAUGAGUCUUAUCUAAGCUCACUAACUAUAUCUCUAACUAUACAUUAUGAUAUAUUAUGAUUAGUAAGCCUUCCAUAAUUUCUUUAUAUGUGAAUUUCCCCAUUACCAAGCAGAAGUAGCCGUAUGACUUAACUUUUAAUCAUAUCUGCUUUCAGAUGCUCAGACAAUGUUCCAGUGAUUUCUCUGUUUAAGAGGCGAAGAGCAGGUUUUGUUAAAUCCCACCAUCUUAUAAAACGGAUCUGCCGUGUGUGCAUGACUUCCCCAACAUGUGUUGAUCAUUUCAAAGCAGGUGCGUCUGCGAUAGUGUUACACGUCAGUGUCAUGCGUAGUUUAUACUUCUAAAUAGAAAUGUAAAAACAAAUAUUGCAGAUGUCCGACAAGGUUUCUAAAAAUCGUGAUAAUAAUUCCAAAGUGUAUUCAGAAGCUUGUUUGCUUCCUCUGCGCGCUUCACAGUCCCGCCUCCAGCGCGUAAGGGACCUGACGCACUUUUACGCACUGCCUUCAGUUGGAGCAGUUUGAAGAGGAUGCGGGAUAAACACACGUGCUAUUAGCUGUGCACAGGCUCAUCCUUUUGGACAUGAUGAAUACAGACGGAUGUGAUUCUCUGGAGGGCUCGCAAAUCACCAUUGGACAGAUGUUGGACUUUAACGUCUCCAAGUCAUUGCGUGAUGGCAAUGACACCAAUAAUUCCAGUUGUGGAUCCGUAUCAGUUUUGUUCCCCAUUACCAUGAUGAUCACUGGCAUGGUGGGCAACUCAUUAGCUCUCAUGCUGGUGUAUAUCUCUUACAAAAAGAAGGAAAAUAAAAGAAAAAAGUCCUUCCUCCUCUGCAUUGGAUCGCUGGCGUUAACGGACCUGUUUGGACAGCUUUUGACGAGUCCGAUAGUCAUAUCAGUUUACCGAGCUGAUCUGAAAUGGGAGCUUAUCGACUCAUCGGGCAAAUUGUGCGCUUUUUUCGGUGUGUGCAUGACAACUUUUGGCCUGUGCUCUCUCUUCUUGGCCAGCGCCAUGGCUAUUGAAAGAGCUCUGGCGAUAACAAACCCGCACUGGUACUCCAAUCACAUGAAGACAAGUGUGACAAAGCAGACUUUGGCUGUCAUAUGGUGUCUAGUGCUGCUCUUUGCGCUGCUGCCCACUGCGGGCGUCGGGGAGUACACGCGCCAGUGGCCGGGCACCUGGUGCUUUAUCAGCACGGGGGACAGGAAGGUCCCCGGUAAUAUGUUUUUCGCCAUCACUUUCGCUGUACUUGGGAUUUUCUCACUGCUUGUUACAUUUUUCUGUAAUGUAGUGACGAUCCGGGGCUUAAUUAUUCGGUGUAAAACAAAGUCUGGCUCGUCUCAGUCUUCAAAGCAGUGGGAACGGCUGACCACGGAGACCGUCAUUCAGCUAUUAGGGAUUAUGUGCGUCCUGCUGAUAUGCUGGUCUCCUCUGUUGGUGCUCAUGCUGAGGAUGAUCUCCAACCAGGUGUCCUCCCACGACUGCAAUGUAACCGCCGUGCCCUCCAAUCACAUCUCUCGCCGGGACGUCGAGUUAGAUUGUAACUUUUUUCUGACAGCGAUCCGCUUGGCCUCCCUCAACCAGAUCCUUGACCCGUGGGUUUAUCUGCUCCUCAGGGAGAUCUUCCUCCGCAAGUUCUGCAUCAUGGCUAACGCAGUGUCCAACUGCUCCGUAGAGGAACAGAAGGAGAACCAGACGGCAUUGAAUGCCCUCAACAAGCCGAAGCAAGACAGCAUCCACCUUCAGAAACCACAAUGUAGCUGAGUCAACCUUUGGCGGGGAUCGCUGUUGUGUGACUUUGAAGCAGGGACGCAUUGGAUGGAUGUGAAAAUGGAUACACGAUUGUCUUGGAUGUGUCAUGAAAAACAUGGGACGCCAUUUAUCUCCAUGUCCUCCACAGACGGAUUACCUGAAAUGAGGCAAGAGUGGUUAUAGUCUUAGGAAGAAACAUCCGAGUCAUCUCUGGGCUGUUUUGCUUUAAACUAAUUCCAUUUAAAGUCCCAUAUCAGCGUAAGGAUGCAUGACCGUGUCACCUCUUGCAUUUGGCUGCAGCGUGGGGUCCAGGAAUCUCCUCAUUCCUAGUUUUCAGUUUUGAUAACAUCUCCCAAGAACUGAACAUGUGUGCCUCUAAAUUGACUUAUAUGGACGUGAUGCAUCUCAUGCGCUUUCACCAACUUGAAGCCAUAAAACAUCUAAAAGAGAAGUUUUUUUUGGUGUAAAUGUCUGUAAAUUAAGAAAUAAACUGUAAAUGUGCUUAUAUUAAGUUGUAAAUACUGUUGCCAUAUCUUACAUGAAAUGUAACCAUGGUGGCCAUUCAAAAGAAAAAUGCUAAUCCUAAACUGGACGCAGUUGUUGAUCGUAAGAUUAUUUAUUGGUGAAUAAGAAGUAGAAUAAGAAGAGUUGUUUCUGAAUGCUGACAAAGCUACCUAAUGGGGAUCAGUUGUUGUACAUAAAAUAUACUAUACAUGGUGUUCCACGGCAAACAACCAGGGCUAUAAAAUGUAAAGUAUUUCAUUUGGUUCCCCUCUUCCUCCUGAAUAUGAGUGGACUGGUAUAUUUAUGUUUUAAUUUAUUCUCAGCAAUUUAUAGCUUCAAUUUCAUUCUAAUGAAGGAGUGUUUGAAGGAAAGGAUUGUAUUUGUGUUGUUUAACAUUUUGAUAUUUUGUAUAACCGAGUGGCCUGAUACUUACAAGGCUGCAAAAGUGUCAUUGUGUAUUUCAACAGAUUAAUAGUAUUCUUGUUCUGUUAAUACACAGUGUGUAAUGACACGUGUAUCUAAUUUCACUCGCCAAAAGUGUAUGGAGAGAAACAAACAUAAUGUGCGUAGUCUUUUGACAAAUGACAUCAAUAUAAGUAGAGAGAGGGGAGGUCUUUGAAUACAAAGCUGACAAGGAAAACAAUUAUAAAAUGAAGGAAGCCAUGUCUAAACGGUACAAGUCACAAUUUUAAAAAGAUCAAAAACUUCUUUGGCAUGCCUGAAACAGAUUGUUCAGCUGCUGCUCCCAAUACAAGCAGCUUCACAAGCUUUCACCAGUGUUUCGGCCAACGGUGUUAAGCAGUCGCAUUACAGGGGCUGUAUAUAUUUAUCUGUUGUAGCUACUGCACAAGUUCAUGCUUUUCAUUCUUUGUUGAUUGACUCAGCGUUUCAUAUUCAAACGUUUGGCUCUUAUCAGCCGCAUUGUGUCUUUGUAGCCUAACUCUACAAAUAAGUAAAAGUUCAUUUCUUUUGAAUGGUUUACAGUUUAAUUCUCGAGAUGGGAUUUGGUUUCAGUGCCAGAAGACUUAACGUCCUUCACCAAGAAUGCGGUGGGAAUUCUAUUUAUUUAUCUUUUUAUUAUUUUUAUCUUUUAUUACUACGUUGUCACUAAAUGUAUUUGAAGAGAUUCAGUAUCUCAAUCAAAGACAUCACAAGGAUGGGCACAUUUGCUGUCAUGGUAACCUUCAGGUAAUGGGACCCUUAUUCACGCCAACUGCACUGCCUUCUCAGCACAUCGACCAACAGGAGGAGAUUGUUUUUUGCUUCUCAAAUGUGGGAAUACAUACACGCUCGGUGAUCAUGACCCUGAAGGAAACUGUUAGCUAGGAAAACCAUGUGUAAAAAGAUUGUUGACGUUGUACUGGUUGAGAAGCUGGUCUGUCUUAGAAACCCACUCAAAAGAUGAACCUUGGUUUAGUUUAAAAACUAAAAUCUGGAUGGAAAAAAAAAAUGUGUUCAGGAAUAUGUUGCACACAAAUCAAUCAUUUGCCAUUUUUUUACAUUAGUCUAGAGCUUAUUUCUAGCUAUGAAUGUGCAUAAAACACCAGUGUAUUGGUCAACAGGUAAUGGGUUGCAAGUGUUCUCACACUAAUAUGAGAAAUGCUCAUUUUCAUAAAUGUUUAAUUUAUUGAGCUUGUGGCUCUGUAUUUUAAGCUUUUAUCCUGUGCCGAAGUUAAUAUGCUCUUGAACAGAAACAUCUGGGGUUUAAUCCAGCAUUUAAAACAACGAUGACAUUUAUUCUCAAGCCGCUGUGGGAUACGGGAGGUUUACAAUUGAGUCGAUCAGCUUCCAGACGAAUCUGCGUCAUGGAAUUAUUUCAGUUCCCUGUCCCGGAGAGUCUGAAGCUUCCUGUUCAUCAGAAUAAUUACGCUAAGGCAUAUCCCUAUGAGGCAAAUUGGCCCUACAUUUGGUUUGACAUUUUCUGGUGUGUUUCCAGUGUGUUACAUCCAACCCAACUGCCACAGGGGAAAGGAAAAUGGCAGAAUAACAAUUAAUUCUUUGUAUAGAGAAAAUAUGAUACAUUUCCACCCUCUUUAAGGCACAGUGUUUACGAGAAUUGCUUUCUGUGUUUCUGCAGUAGAGUUUCAAUAUAAAUGUUCAUUAGAACCAGGGGAGGUACACUGGCGAGAUACACAAACUCCAGUUUAUUGAUCCAUGUGGUGUAAUCUUCAAAGGCGAUGAUAGAAGAUAGCUUCAGUCUGUCUGAGUUGAAUGUGCUCUCUGCUCCAAACAUGCUAUUGCAUAUUAAUCUCAACCUUGAUUGUACAGACUGUGAAGCUUUGCUCACAUGCUUGAAUUUUUUCCAUUUGUAUAAGGAGCAGGCUACUUUGGCAUUUACAAUUACUGUGUACAAUUACAUAAUAAUGUUGAAUGUUUAUGAGGUUCGAAGAAUCUGGUGUUGCCAGCUGGCAGCAUCUCUCUCACUCAAGUCACUAAUGCAUGGAAGCGAUUUACUGGUUACCUCAUGAGUUGAGGAGUCACUUGAUGUCUUGAGAUUUCCAGACAAGAAGAGAUUAUUUAUGAGAAAAAAAACAUUUUUUGAUUUGAUAUGUAGCAUUUUUUCUAGAUUUUUAAAUGUGCAUUUUCAAAAUUGUUUCUACACACUGUAAAACAAUGUUGUAGUAUUCAUAUAAUGACUUUAUGACCCUCCGGAAACAAAUAUUGUGCCAUAAUAAUAAUUUAAACCAUAUUUUAUAAAACAAAAAUGCAACAAGAA